AUGUCACUUCAGGACAAGAUUGCCGUUGUCACCGGUGGCUCGCGUGGUCUUGGUGCUGCGAUCGCCAAAGCCUACGCAAAGGAGGGCGCCCAUGUUGCCAUUGUAUAUGCAUCGCCGUCAAGCACACAGUCAGCAGAGACUGUCAAGAAGGAGAUUGAAGAGUUAGGUCGCAAAGCAAUCUUGAUCCAGACAGACUUGGUCAAGCCAGAGUGCGGAGAAGUUGUAUUGCGAGAGACAUUGAAAGGCUUCAACACCGAGACCAUCGACAUCUUGGUCUCGAACGCCGGCAUCUACAAAGAAAACCACACCCUGGAGUUUGAUGCAGAGUUGUUUGACAGAACAAUGGCAAUCAAUGUCCGUGCCCCGGCAUCGCUGGUCAAAUCAAUCGCUCCCGUCAUGCCCAGAGGCGGCCGCAUCGUUGUCAUUUCUUCAAUGGCAGCUACCUGGGCGAGUCCCACCAUGGACAUCUACAGUGCGAGCAAAGCAGCCGUCAACGCCAUGAUGAAGUGCUGGGCCGUCUCAUUGGGCAAAUCUCACGGCAUCACCGCCAAUGCUAUCAACCCUGGCUUCUUCCCUACAGACAUCAACGCCCACUUUUCGGACGAGUUGCUCGAGAAGUUCAAGAAUAUGCAGGCUAUUGGUCAUCGCUUGGCUGAUACGGAUGAUCUUACUGGUUUGGCCGUCUUUUUGGCUAGUGAGCAGUCUAGAUGGAUUACUGGAGAAACGGUCGAGUGUUCUGGAGGUUCUUCCCUCGGGUAG